UUAAAGGCGGAGCUGCAUUGCGCGGUCGCGAUUCGUCGUUUCCAAAUGUGGCAAGCGCAGCGUAAGUUCAGUCGAGGUUUGAUUGAUGGACUGUAGGCGGAAACUAUAUGUUGUAAACUUUGUACGGUGGUCGUAAAGGGCUAGUUUUGCAGGUUUAUUUCUGUCGUUUACGAGACCCUCAAAUCCUGACUUUCAUACUGAAACAAAUCCAUCCGUAACCAGAAAUAGCGCUUGCCUGCUUUAAGUUGUCCGCUGAGUUGAGCUAAUGUUUCUUAGCCUAGCAUAUGUGAGGUAAGUUCGGUUUUGGGUCUGGAUUUGAUCUGGGAUCUGCUGCACAGAUCGCUAACUUUACACCCACCGCAGACCGCCGUAGUGCCGCUUGCAGGUCAGCGAUGUUAGGGGGCAACGGGACGGCCAGAGGGGCUGGACGCUCUGGUAAUGGCACGGGAUUGACACCUCUACAGGUGGGCAGCACAUCUGGGGCUCUGGGGGCUGUAAACUCUGUCAUAAACCUGCCCGAUGGGGGCAGAUACGACGACGGGCCGUCGGUCGAGGCUGUGCUGAGCGGCUCCGAUGGAGACUCAGACUCCGGGGACGAUGAAGAGAGCCCUGUGCCGGACAGGAGAGGGGUGAAGCGGGAGAGGAGCGAGCUGGAGGUCGGGGGAUCUUCUGGAUCUAACGCCGCACUCUCGGCAGGAUACGGAGGGGUCUCCAGCGGGGUGGCCGGAGCGAAGCCCGGCAAGAAAACGCGAGGACGGGUGAAAAUUAAGAUGGAGUUUAUUGACAACAAGCUGAGGAGAUACACGACCUUCAGCAAGAGAAAGACUGGCAUCAUGAAGAAGGCCUACGAACUCUCUACGCUGACAGGGACACAAGUUUUACUCUUGGUUGCCAGUGAAACGGGCCACGUCUACACAUUUGCCACGCGGAAACUUCAACCCAUGAUCACCAGUGAGACGGGUAAAGCCCUGAUCCAGACUUGCCUGAAUUCCCCCGAUUCUCCACCCCGUACGGACCCUUCAACAGACCAGCGCAUGAGUGCCACGGGAUUCGAGGAGACCGACCUCACCUACCAGGUCUCAGAGGCUGAUGGCCUCACAGAGCCAAAGGAAAUGCUAAAGCCUACAUUCACUGCUGCCACUUUACCCGGAGGCACCAACACCAUCAGCACCACCACACAGUCACCGGUCUCUUCCUCGCCCUCCUCAUCCUCAGUGGCCAUGCACACCCAGAGCAGCGGCCCCUCGCUCUCUGGCACCACCUGCUGGCCGGUGGCGGCGGGGAUGAACGCUCAGAGCAUCUCCAGCGCAAACGGCACCGUGCUCAAAAGUUCUUCAGCCGGCAUGAUGCAGCUGCCCAGCGGAUUCACACUCAUGCCAGGUGGAGCGAUGCCUCAACAGCUGCAAGCCAUCCAGGUUCAUCCCAGUCCUCAGAGCAGCGACAGCAGUCCUGAGAUCAGCCAGACGUCCAGCAGCGCCACUGCUAGCCACACCGCGACUAUAGUCACGUCCUCAGUGCCUUCUUCAGUGGCCGGACACAUGAUGUACCCUGGAGCUCACGUCAUGUACGCCACCUCCACCCCCGCCCUUACUGACGGAGGUCUGACUGUGCUCAGCGCCUUCCCACAACCCCCCAGUGCAAUGCAUGUGUCGCACACACCGAAUCAGGACUCAGGUGGAGUUCCUCAGAUGUUCCUCACAGGACCUCCUGGCACUGUACAGAUCCCAGUUUCAGCCGUUCCCCUUCAUUCGAUGUUAAUAAACCAGCAGCCCUCUGGCAGCAGCAGUAGCACCCUCACCGAGCUGCGCGUGGUCAAUCUGGACAAUCCCAAAGGAGACUGACCCCCCGCAAAAAAACACUGACGCUCCAGGGCUCACUCAUGCCAUCCAAUCAGACUGCCAUCAUAUUUAUUACUGCCUUCUCUCCGCGUGAGGUUUGAGAAUAAAGAGCUGUAACAGGACAUCUGAAGGAUCAUCGCAGCUCCUCAUUUCGGUGGCGGGUGUGAUUUUUAAUGGAUCGCUGUUGUUUUUUUGUUCACAUUUAUACACAGACACGCAUUUGUACUUCAGGAUUUCAUACAGACGACACACAAUCGCUGCUGGAUGUUCACCUAUUUGGGCCGGAUAAUUCGAUUGCUCAUUUUGAGUAAAUAUUUGCGCUUUUUGUUUUCGUUUUUUGGAAGAAUUGGCAACUUUCACCCUUCAAUGCGGCUCUGAUUUGUGUUAUUUAUCAUCAAGAAUAUGAUCAAUGAUUAUCUUUGAAUGCUUGAACGGAGUUUUUAUUGUCCAACUUUCUUUACAUGCAAAUCAAUGGAGACUGACGCUGUCAAACUCGAAACGUACCAUAAAACUGGUACCUUUUCUAAAAAGUCGAUGCUUUUUUUCUGCUAGAUUUCGAGCUGAACUGCAUCCGCACCAAUUUAUAACCAUUUUGAACCGAGCAGGGCGAGAAAACGGCGCCCUUAAAGUGAUGCUGGAUACUCUUGCACUGCCUUCAACAUUCAAUAGGAGGUCAUUACUCCUCAUUUCUCACCCUCAUCCGGUUUUAUAUGGCCUCAAUAUGAAGUUAAAAUAUCCUUUUGAUUUCACCGUGCUGCUGUAAUUGGAUUCAUACUAAAGUAUCGCAUGUCAUUCCAUGUUUUAAUGCUGUGCCAAACUAUACUGUAUUGAUAAAUCGAUGAUAAAGUCAAUGUAUCUGCUUCGAGGCUUCACACAACACAUGCUUUAGCCACUUUUUAACAAUGCUGUACCCAGAAAAACACUGACUUGCGUUUGCACUGCAUGAAAACCGCGGGUGAAUAAAUACAUGCGGUUGGGUUGAGCGUUUUUUUUUUUUUUUCACUGCUUUAUGACAUUAGUUAACCAAAAUAUUAAAAUUGCGUGAAUCUAGGUACUAGAAUGGCAGAUUUAGUUCGAAACAACUGUUAUUUUCAUUGAAUUAGUUUAUAUGCGCACCGACAUGUUAACAUUAAUAGAUUUUCUUGUUAUUUUUAAUCACCGUACCCUUAAUUAUGUAUCUAUAUUAUUUGGAUUUUAAAGCAUCCAAAGGGCUGUAAAAUCUUGACGGCGUUUGCUGAUAAAUGCGAGUGAUUCAGAUCUCUUUUUUUUUUUUUUUUUUUUUUUUUUUUUUUUUUAUCCGGAGACGUCCAUGGGCCUCGCCUGUACAUUCGUUGUGCAAAUUUGGACCAUAAAGCCUUGUUUUCUAGUACUGUUCAACGGAUUUCAAUGGACCACAGCAAUAUUGAAAGUUUCAGGAAUGGUUUUGUCUUCGUUACAUGGACCUGCACAAGUGGGAAAAAAAAAGGGCGUGUGGGAUUUAUAAAGCGGCCAGAACAAAAAGUGUUUGAUUGUUUUAUUCAGUAUUAAUGCGUUUUAAAUCCAGGGGAAGACUUUCUUGAGUUGUGGAUUUCCAUUAUUAUUGUCCAGGUCACAUUUCACUCGGCCAAAAUUGAAAACAUAUGCAUGUUUUGUGACAAGUAAACGUGUUUUUGCUCAUUUCUGCUAGCCGAAAGACUAAGAUCAAAUUGUAAUUGAAAAAUUUGCUGUUUCAGUAACAUAAUUUAAAUGAAUUUGAUGUAUUUGUUUGUGAAAGGCGAUUGGCGAUUUUUAUUUAUUAUAUUGCACAAUUGAUAGUUCAUAGUCUUUCUGAGAAAAACGUUUAAAUUGUGCGAUGUAAACUUGCAUUUCACAAGUAAAAAUGUACAUUUGGCCGUUUCAUGUCUGAAGAAAGUUUUUGGCCAUUUCGUAUCAAUUUAGUGUGUUUUUUUGUACAGUUUUGUACAAACAGGAUGCUACGAAGUAGCCUCUAAUUUGCCAAAAUGUUAAAUUCUUUGGAUAUCUUGCAAUACUUAUGAAUUUUUAGUUUUUAAUUUAAAAUUGCAUGACGAAAAAGUCUCAAUUCUAAUCACAAUUCAAGUCGGAAAUUAAAACACGACAACAAGUUUGAUUCGUAAGAUAAAAAUGAAAAUAUGAGAAAGUCGCAAUCAUUUAUUUUUCAUGGCAGAAUUGACAUUGUGUUUCUGCAAAAUUUUUAAAUCUUUUACGUGUUUUUUGUGAAUUAGUGGCUAUUUUGUAUUCAUUUAUACAAUUGUGUUUUUGUACAAUUUUCUCAUGCCAAGAUACUGCAAAUAUGCAUAUCAAUGAAAUUAGCCUCUAAUUACUUUGCAAUUACUAAUUACUAAAAUACUUUGCGAUGUUUUUUUCAGAACUGCACAUAGAAUUUUUAGCUUAAAAAAAGCAACAUACAAAGUCUCACGAAAAAAAAGUGAAUUAAAAUGUUAACUCGCAAUUGUGAGAAAAACGUGAAAAUCUGUAAAGAAAAAAAUGUUGAAUCCUAAAAUGUGAACUUGAAUUUAUGAGCCAGAAUUAGAGAAAUUAAGAAAGUCACAAUUAUUUAUCAGAAAUAACAACUUGCAAAAUACAACUAAUGAAAAUCUAAUGCGAAAUUUAUGCAAGGAUUACUAUUGAAUUAUUUCGUAAGUAUUUUUGCUAACUAGUGGCUAUUUCAUAUCGCCUUAUACAAUCUUAUUUGUGUUUUGUAUGGUUUGCUUAUUACUGCAAAAACACAUACAAAUGCAAUGUUAUGAUAAUUGCAAAAUAUUUAUCUGAUGAAAGUCUUUAUUCAAAAUUUCUGGAACAUUUUCUGGGAAUUUAAAUGAAUUCGUAAGUGUUUUUGCCAAUUAAUGGCUAUUUCAUAUCAAUUUAUUCAAUCCUAUUGUAUAAAGAUGUUAUGUCUUGGCGAUGUUACGAUUUAGCCUCAAUUGCCAAAAUGUUAAACACUUGCAUAUCUCACACCUUUUUUUUCCAGAACCCUAUAUCUUGCAAUUUUAAAAUGGUUAAAAAUUCACAAUUCAAAGUCUCAAUCCUGCCAUUGCGACAGAAACAUGAAGUUUGAUUUGUAAGAUGUAAACUUGCGUUCAUGGGUAAAAAUGAGGGGGAAAAAAUGUACGUUUGAAACUUCCGAAACAUACAUUGAAAUUAUGGGACAUUUCUGCAAGGAUUUCAGUUGAAUUAAAUCGUUCAUAAAUAUUUACAAUUAUACAAUUAGCAGAAAAUUGCAUUUUUUUUUCAUGGCACAAACACUUUUUGAAACAAUAAGGAAAUAUAGGUCUGACGAAAAUCUUUGACAUUUUUGCGACAUUUUCUAUUGAAUUAAAUGAAUUCAUAAAUAUUUUUAGCAAAUUAGUGGCUAUUUCAUAUAAAUUUUCUUAUUUCUGUUUAUUUCAGUUUUCUAAUGCCAGGUUACAUCAAAAAUGUAUAUAAUUGUGAUGUUACGAAUUCGCCUCUAAUUUCCACAAAUUUAAAAAACUUUCAUAUCUCGCAAUUAGUUUUUUUUUAACUUCGAAUUGUUAGUUUUUAACUUUCAAAAUGGCAAAUUAAAUAGUUUUGAAGUAUUUUUGCAAAUUAGAGUUUACUUUGUAUACAAUUUGCAGGAAGUUGUUUCUCAGCAGAAAAAAACUUACAAUGGAAAUAAUUCGGAAAUACAGGUCAGACGAAAAAAUCAUUCGAAAUUUCUGCAACAAUUUCAUUUGAAUUAAAUUAAUUCAUAAAUAUUUGGAUAAAUUAGUGGCUGUUUUAUAUCAACUUAUACGAUCUUAUUUGUGUUUAUUACAGUUGCUGAAAAGUUCCAUUUAAAUGCGAUGUUAUGAAUUCGCCUCAAAAUUUCCAAAAUGUUAAACUCUUGCAUAUCGUGAAAGUUUGAAUCGUAAGAUGUAUACUUGCCUUCAUGGUUUCAAAUGACAGAAAGUUGCAAGUUUUUUUUUUGUUUAACGGCAAAAAAAAGAGUACAUUUCGAACAAUUCUGAAACGCAUGUCUUAACGAAAAUCGUUCUUAUUCUCAAUUUCUACAACAAUUUGAAAAAAUUUAAUACUUAUUCAAUUGGAACAAUCUUAUUUAUUACAGUUUGAUCUGAUGCCAGGUUACAGCAAAAAUGUGUACAAAACUAUGUUGCGAAUUCACUUUAAUUUGCCAAAACAUUAAAUAUUCACGUUCUCUUGUGACGAAUAGUUGGAUCAUUGUUUUGUAUUGCUUUGUUUUGAGUGAAAUAUGACCUGGAUGCCUCAGUCUUUUUUUAAUCGACUGUUAUAGUGUGAAAUUGUCUAAACACUAGAAGAAAGUGUUGAAUGUACCGUACCUUUAUUGUACAUAACUUGAUUUCGUACGUAAGGAUCUGUAAGUAGCUCACGCGGCUGCAUUUGAAAUAAAUGAAAACAAAACAUUUGGAUAUAUUCAGUGGACUGUAUAUUAGUUUUAAUGUGAAGCGCCGACAUUUGUCAGCGCUUUUUCUUUUACCUUUAUCACAGUGUAACGAGUUGUGGUUGAAAUGUUUGCUUUAUUAUUAUGUUUUAUUAUUAUGAUUAUCUUCUACAGUGCCAUUUUCUGAAGAAUUAGGUUGGUUUUGUUAGAUGGUUGGUUUGUUUUUUGUAUCACAUGCUGGUUUAUUCGUUUGAUUUUACGACUUAAGUUGACAAUACGAAAAAAAAUUCAAGUGAAAAACUACUUUAACCACUAAAGCAUAUUUGUUGUUAAAGAAAUGCUGUAAUUAUGUAUAGAGCUUUCUUUUGGAAUAAAAGAAAGAUUUGAGAAUAAAUUUACGCCUGUUUGAACUUGUGAAUCGUGCAUUUUGAAAUAUUAAAAAUUACUUUGAAUUGUCAAA